AUGUCCUCGCUGGUGAAGGAGGACCUGGCGAAGAGACUGUUCGGGCCCCGGCGGCGGCGGCUGCAGGAGUUCAUCGAGGUGGAGGGCUCGGGCGCCGGGCGCUGCUACCUGUGCGCAGCAGUGACUAAAAGUGAAGAAGUAGAAAUAUGGAUGGUUAAACACUUGCGAGUGGAUCGAGAGGAGAAAUAUGAAAUACUUGAAAAGUGGUUUUUGAAAGAUCUGGAGAUGAUUGAUGGAAGAGAAGCAGACACUGAUAAUCCAUAUUUUGAUAUGCACUUUCACAAAGUCUACAGCCUGGAAGCAUAUAGUUGUGCAUCUAAGUAUACCUUUGCUCGAACACUGAACAAACUCAACGAAAUUUACCUUAAGAAGGACUUGAAGAUUGUGAACUUUGAUGACACCUACCUAAAUGAUGAUUCAAUCUGGUCUUCCAACAAUAGGGAUUGCUUGGUACUUAUGAGGAUAUGCUUCUAUGCUUCCAACCUUCUGUGUCUCUCCCUGUGUCCUUUGUCCUGA